UCCAGUUAGGUUUCAAUCUCCCACAUUUAACCUUUAUUCCUUACUGACUUCGACAUCAUUACUUUUUUGAUCUUAAUUAACUAUUAGGUCAUCACUUUUUCCUAUGUUAACGAACUACUUACCCGCCCUCUCCCCCUCGCAUUCAUCGGUGGUUUCCGUCACGGGCCACAAAUCACCUGUUCCGUCUGCUGAUCACCUCAUCAUCCACUCUUCAACCCACUCACUCUUCACCCCCCCCUUUCUUCGCUGCCACUUAUUCAAGUUCUUGGUCUCGACAUUUUGUACUUCGUGGGCUCUCGUCUCUUCUCCUCUUGUCUGCCGUUGCUUCAACCCUUGGCUGCAAAGACGACCAAACACGGUAGGGAUCAUAGGCAGCCAAGGUCCAGGGUUGGGCAUCAGCGAUGGGGGUGGAUCGUCGCAUCUCCACUUUGAUAAGAUAACUUCAUUGUCCUCUUCCCCACGCUUGACCGCUCUUGUUCCUCGCACCGGGUGGCCUGACCCCAUCAUCAUUUACUUCCCUUUUAUCAUCUCCUCUACUUACAUACUCACUAUCCCCUACUCUACUCCCCUCCACCUCCUCUAUCUCUCCUCUCUGUGGCCAUGCAACCGAAUCACUGCGACCUUCUCGGUCAGGUGCGCGAGCCCAGAGCCGCAAGUCAACUGAUGCGCGAUGGCCAGCCGCGCGACCAACAUGGCCACGCUGGUCAGCCUCGAUCGUCUGGUGCGGUACCCAUGAGGUCAGAGGACUCUUGGAUCGAAGUCUCAUCCCAACCCUCCUCCUCAUCUCUGUCCUCUGCAGCGACCAACGACGAUAUCAUAACGACGGGCCUCCGAGUGGCACAUCGUGAGGCAGGCAUGUAUCAGCAUCGCAGUCGCCGACGGCGCAUGCAGCAUCUGGCUGCCGUGGCCACCGCACAGGUGGAUUACUCGUCGCGGGAGGCUAGUCUGGCAAGUAGCAGCCAGGAGGAGUACGAAGAGAGUGAAAGCGAGUCAGACCCGCCGAUGAGCAGCUCGAACGAAGAAAUCAACCGUCCCGCUCGGCCCAGUUUGCUACCAAUGCCCCCUUCACCUCACUCCGAUGACGCCGAUAGCGAUGAUGAAGAUGAUACAUCCACAGCCUUGGGAAUGGGGAUUAGUCCAUCACCAUUCGUCCCACAACCCAACGUCUUCUCCCAUCCACCUCCAACGUCCGACCCGUCAUGGACUCGUCCUACCGAAUCUCGACGCUCCCAACCCAGCGUCUUGUCAAACUCCAGCCGGCGCACCGCGAUCCGUCGAGAGUCCUACCCCAGCACACGUGGAUCUCGUCGAUCCCAACAGUCCCAACACAGCCCUUAUAACGUGAUCUCGCCUUCUCAUCACGCCGACCACGACGCCGCGCUCCGCGCUAGUCUCUCUACUCUUUUGUCCUGCGCAGCCGCCGCCCGAGGGCUCCCCAAGACCGACUCUCCCCGCUUGCAAGCAAGUCCCCCGGCCGCAGCUCCACCAGCAUCGUUCAGGCUGGUCGGUGAAUCUGUCGCGAUGGGCGAUGAAGACAGCGGCGAGGAAGGCCCGUCCUCCCCCCGGUGCAUGGAGACCAGCCCCUCAGUGGGUCCGCCCCGCCGUAGACAUCCCACGUCUCCAUCCGGCCCAGCCGUGUCCAAAGCAAAACGUCGAUCCGCCUCUCCCAAAGACCGCAGCGUUGCCAAGAAGAGCCGGCGAGCUAGCUUGUCCGACUCGGCAGCUCCCGUCAGUCCCACGGUCAUGACGUGGGUUAUUAGUGCAGGUGUCGUCGUCCUCUUCUCUGCUAUCAGCUUCUCGGCGGGAUACAUGCUUGGCCGGGAAGUUGGACGAACCGAGAUGGGCAUGAUGGGCGAGGGUGGCGUCCCGGGGGCACGAUCUUCGGCCGCCUGCGGACAAGAAGCAGUCCGUGGUGGUCUUAAGAGACUGCGAUGGGGCACUGCUGCCGCUGGAUCAGCAAGUUUGGCCUGAGGAGUUAACUCAAGAACAUGGUCCAACCUGACCAUGUCAAAGAAAUGGCCCGCGAUUUAAUACGUUGAUAACGAGAACUGCUAUGACAAUGACGGGAGACGAUGCCAUGAAGGCUAUACCCCCCUGCUCUUACCUUUGUUUUUUUUCUCUAUUUGUUGAUAUCCCUUCUUUCCGUUUGAUUUCGUGGAGGAACAACAACACUUUUCCAGUCUCACUCUCAUUUCUCUCAUUUCUCUCACCUUUUCGUAUUAUUGAUGCUCCCCUAUGUUGAUUCGACAGUCCUGUUUUCAGCAGUAAGUGUGUUCCAGGUAUCCGAAUACCUGACGAGCUACUGCCUGCCAAAACUUGGGUGAUUCGGUUGAUCUUGUCGCUGAAUGGGGUUUCCCACUCCUGGUGUUCUGGCGUUUGUCAUUUUCUUGUAUAUCGGUUCGGUGAUGGUGAGUCGUGGUAGUGAUUAAGUUGUUCAUGGAGUUGAUGUUAUCUCGUUGACUUGGAAUCUACAACCCUUUUGAUCUGACUUCCCUUAGGCUGGUAAGUGGCGUUGUUGUAGAAUUGGUAGAUUCUUGGAUUGGUACUAGAAUGGAUACGAAGGGAGAGUAUACAAAAUGAUACUAGCAACAACUCUGCCA